GCGGCCGCGGGGCCGGGGCGGCCGGGCCCGGCGCGGACAAAGGCGGCGGCAGAGGGCGCGGGACCGGGACCGGCACCGGCACCGAGACCGAGACCGAGAGCGGGCCGCUCCGUGCGGGGGCCGAGCCGCAGCCUGACAUGAUGUUUCCACAAAGCCGGCACUCGGGCUCCUCUCACCUGCCGCAGCAGCUGAAGUUCACCACCUCCGACUCCUGCGACCGCAUCAAGGACGAGUUCCAGCUCCUGCAGGCCCAGUACCACAGCUUGAAGUUGGAAUGCGACAAGCUAGCCAGCGAGAAAUCGGAGAUGCAGCGUCACUACGUCAUGUAUUACGAGAUGUCCUACGGGCUGAAUAUUGAAAUGCACAAACAGGCUGAAAUCGUCAAGAGGCUCAAUGGGAUUUGUGCGCAGGUUCUGCCCUACCUCUCACAGGAGCAUCAGCAGCAAGUCCUGGGAGCCAUUGAACGAGCCAAGCAGGUGACAGCACCAGAACUGAACUCCAUCAUCCGUCAGCAGCUCCAAGCGCACCAGCUCUCGCAGCUCCAAGCCCUCGCGCUGCCUCUGACUCCGCUGCCCGUGGGGCUGCAGCCCCCGUCCCUCCCUGCCGUCAGCGCCGGCUCCGGCCUCCUCUCGCUCUCGGCCCUGGGCUCCCAGGGGCACCUGACCAAGGAGGAUAAGAACGGCCAUGAUGGGGACGCCCACCAAGACGACGAUGGGGAGAAGUCGGAUUAGAGAGAAGGGGCCGGGGCUGGGGGGUCAAUGCCAGAUGCAGCAUCCGCAGGUGGUGGUGGGGCCUGGGGGUGCCCUGCCGGUGGGCAGCCCCCGCGGCACCGCCAUGGCAGCCACUGCGUGGCCCCCCCAUGCCCGGCCUGGCUCUGGCUUGGGCUUCUCCGGGGGUGCCACGGCCCCCGCCUGCUGCUCCCCCUCGGUAUUUAACGACGACCCUCGUUCCUACCGGUUUCUGCACAACCCCCUGCUGGGACCCCUGCCCCAACGCCCCCUGCCCCACCCCAGGCGCUCCCCAUCUCCUUGCGUCUCCGGCCCCCGCGCUAGCACCGGCCGGCUCCUUGCUGUUCUGCAUGUCUCUGUUUUUAACCAGUCCCGCAGCACCGCCGCAGUUCCACGCGUCCAGCCACCGGGUUUUCUCCUCGCGCUGCUCCUUGGCCUCUGGCUGGGGGGGCCCCUCUGCCCGCUCCCCUUGGCAGAGCACCGGCUGCCGGGGGUCUGGGGUCUGGGACUGUCCGAGGGGCAGGCGGGCGCCUGGGAGCUCCCUUGGUCCCUUCCCUGCACUCCCCCCCCCGUAGAGGAUACAGCAGCUUUCUCUGUUCUUAUCUCCGUGCGCUAGCGUGUCUUCUAAAAAAACAAAAA